AUAUUUAUUGGUAAAUUUUUACUUCAAUUCGAAAAUAAGUAAAUCGUACAUAUUUUAAUGUAACAUUUUUAAGCGUGUAUCUUUCAAGCAAAAACAAAACAAACGCUGGCCGACGGGUGACGCUGGUCGUGUUCGAGGUUCGAAUGCGCGUUUGCAUGGUGGUGACUGCAGAUUCGUUGCUGGUUCAGGUAAUUCAGAUUUCCGCCCUCGCCAUGCGAGCUGCCGUCAAAGCUCGACAUUCCGGUUGAGUUCUACAACGGCAUCACGGGAUCAGAACAGAGAGAUCGCUUUGCACGGUGGCACAACAAUGUUAUUUUGGAUUCUGCUCCGAAUCAGGUUAAUCCGGCAGCUAGUCCGGCAGUGACCAAAAUAUGCUGCAACAAAAUGUGACGGAUCCAGGUGUUAUACAUUGAUUGCCAUACCUACUAUUAUACAACAUUGAUACUUUGUAAAACACCCUACCUUACACACUACAAUACAUUGUACCCAACUGUCAGAAGUAAAUAAACGAGCGGAGAGUAAAAAACGUGUUUCACCUCGUCCGAAAACUAAAGUCCGCGUUUCGCGAUUUGCUUCGUCUUCGUCGUCUCAGCGCUAGUGUUCCGCCCUGCUGUCGCCCCGUUACAACAGUUGGCGAACGAGGAUGGUCGACAAUGCUGCUGCUGGUGGCGGUGGAAAUGUUCCACCAAUUGCUGUUGCUGCUGCCGGAGGGAAUCUGCCACCAAAUUUCCACAUCGAUGCCUAUGACCGGAAGAAAACACGUUGGUCUCGAUGGGUGGAAAGGCUCGAGACGGCGUUUACCAUUUACGGCGUAGUAGAUGGUGACCUUCGACGGAACCUGCUUCUACAUCUGAUGGGUUCCGAAACAUAUGAGACGUUGUGCGACAAGAUUGCUCCGGAUAACCCCCGCACGAAGACCUUCCAAGUGAUAGUGGACACCCUCGAACAGCACUUCAACCCAAGGCCACUGGAAAUAAGCGAAAAUUUCCGGUUCAAGUGCCGACGCCAGGGGGACAAGGAUGCCCUCUCCCCGGACGAAACCAUCGACGAAUAUCUAGUGGCCCUCCGUCGCAUCGCCGUUACCUGCAACUUCGGCAACUACCUGGACACGGCACUGAGGAACCAACUCGUGUUUGGCUUGCGGCGGAAUGACAUUCGAGGACGUCUUCUGGAACACAGGCAACUGACGCUGCAGGAUGCCCGGGAUAUUGCGGUCGGCAUGGAGCUGUCCCAGAAAGGCGGCGCAGAGAUUGCCGGCUCUCUUGCGAAAUCGGAGGUAAAUGCUGUCCAACACCGACGAGGUAAGGCGUACGAUAAGAAUGUGGGGGGGAAAUCUCCGACAGCUGGCAAAUCCACGGGAGAGAAGUUCUGCUUCCGGUGCGGCGACAAAUCGCACCUGGCUAAAGCAUGCAAACAUCAAAAUACUGUGUGUUCCUAUUGCCACACCAAAGGACACCUUGAGAGGGUUUGUAUGAGGAAGUCGUCGGCGAGCAAGGCUUCCGCUGGGAAGUCCGAUACUAAAUCUGGGGCAGUGAAAGCGAUCGAUCAGCGAUGUGAUUCUACAGAGGACAUCGAUGCGGGCGAGGUUAUGUAUGGCGAAAUUUGUACCCUGAAUGGUUCCAGAGCGGCGAAGUUGUGGCUGACCCUGGUGCUGAACGGUGUUCCGAUACGGUUCGAGAUCGACACUGGCAGCCCCGUGAGCAUCAUCAGCGCGCAGCUUUUCCAACAGUACUUCAAGGAAUGCCAACUUCGGAAGUGUUCUUUGAAUCUCGUUAGCUACUGCGAUACCAACAUUCGUGUAUUGGGAGUCCUGGAAGUGACCGUCGAUUGCCGCGGGAUGCGAGCCACAUUGCCGUUGUACGUGGUGGAUUCUUCGAAGCAUCCGCUACUCGGAAGAGAGUGGCUCAAAGUGCUGAACGUCAACUGGAACGCGAUCCUGAAGAAGGAAGCUGCAGUGAACGUCAUUGACCAGCCGGUCGGUUCCCGCGAUACUGCUGAGCAGCUGAAGCAGAUUUUUGCGAAGUAUGCGUCGGUCUUCGAGGAUUCUAUGGGGAAAAUUGCAGCCGUUCAAGCGAAGCUGAACUUGAAGCCGAAUGCCCAACCUGUAUUUCUGAAAGCCAGGAAGGUCCCGUUCAACUUGCGAGCCACAGUGGACAAGGAGCUGGACAAACUGGAAUCCGAAGGUGUGCUUACGAAGGUGAGCCACAGUAACUGGGCCACGCCGAUCGUGCCAGUGAAGAAAGCUGAUAACCGUGUUCGAAUUUGCGGGGAUUAUAAGCAAACAGUGAAUCCUCAACUGAAGGUUGAUCAGCACCCCCUACCAACGAUAGAUGAGUUGUUUGCGUCACUGGCGGGUGGUCAGAAGUUCACUAAAAUUGACCUUGUGCAGGCAUAUCUCCAGAUGGAGGUUGCGGAGGAGGAUCGAGAGAUGCUAACGUUAUCUACACACCGUGGGCUCUACCGUCCGAACCGUUUGAUGUACGGUGUAGCAUCUGCUCCGGCGAUUUGGCAGCGCCAAAUUGAAACGAUCCUGCAAGGCAUUGAAGGUGUCACUGUCUUCCUCGAUGACAUCAAGGUCACCGGGCCUACCGAUGCGAUCCACUUGCAAAGGCUCGAAGAGGUCAUGCGCAGGUUGAGCUACUACGGCAUACGCGUCAACCGGAAGAAAUGCGAGUUCUUCACCGACCAGAUUGAGUACUGUGGAUAUCAAAUUGAUCAUGAAGGAAUACACAAGGUCCAGCAGAAAGUUGAUGCGAUUGUCAACAUGCCGCGUCCGAAGAACAAGGAUGAAGUACGCUCCCUUGUUGGACUCGUCAACUACUACGGCCGCUUCUACGAGAACCUCAGCACAGUGCUGUACCCGUUGAAUAACCUUCUGAAGAACGAAGUCCCAUUCGUCUGGACCAAAGACUGCGAGAAGUCGUUCCGGACCGUGAAGGAACAAAUGCAGAAGGAAAACUGUCUUGUGCACUAUUCGCCUGACUUGCCACUAGUGUUGGCCACCGACGCGUCUCCCUAUGGCGUGGGGGCUGUUCUGAGCCAUGUUUUCCCGGACGGCACCGAGCACCCCAUACAGUUUGCUUCACAAACCUUGAAUCGUACCCAGCAACGGUACAUGCAGGUGGACAAGGAGGCCUACGCUAUCGUGUUCGGAGUGAGGAAGUUCUUCCAAUACCUCUACGGUCGGAAAUUCGUCUUGAUAACCGACAACCAGGCGAUUUCGAAGAUAUUCAACGAAAACAAGGGUCUACCAGUGAUGUCUGCACUUCGUAUGCAGCAUUACGCUACAUAUUUGCAAUCCUUUGACUACGAGAUACGCUUCCGAAAGUCGGCGGAUCAUGCGAAUGCGGAUGCCCUUUCUCGAAUGCCGCUGCAAACCACGGAUCCUGAGAACGUGAUUGAGGAGUGCGACGUAGUGGAGAUCAACCAAAUAGAGACUUUGCCGUUAACCGCGGCGGAGCUUGCUGAGGCAACAGCUGCGGAUAAGUCUGUGACCAUGCUGAUCCAGGGACUCAAGCACGGACAGAGCGUCGACGGAAAGCACCGAUUCGGAAUCGAUCAAGCAGAGUUCUCGCUACAAAAAGGAUGUCUUCUACGUGGUAUUCGUGUCUACGUCCCAGCAGUGUUUCGCAAGCGAGUGCUAGCAGAGCUGCAUGCCACACACUUCGGCUCAUCCAGAACAAAGUCGCUUGCCAGGGGAUACUGUUGGUGGAACGGUAUGGACAAGGAGAUAGAGGAGAUGAUUGCCAGCUGCGCUGAAUGUCAGUCAGUUCGGCCGAUGCCCGAAAAAGUUCAGCCUCAUCAUUGGGAACAUGCGACAGAGCCGUUCCAACGCGUCCAUGCGGACUUCGCCGGUCCGUAUCUGGACUGCUAUUUCUUCAUCCUGAUUGAUGCCUACACAAAGUGGCCAGAAAUCAGAGUCUGCCGAUCCAUCACCGCAGAAAAUACAGAAAGCAUGUGUCGCGACAUAUUCAGCACAUUCGGCAUUCCCGCAGUAUUUGUCAGCGACCAUGGAGUGCAGUUCACAGCAACAUCAUUCCAGACAUUCCUGAAACAGAAUGGCAUCGUACACAAGAUGGGAGCUCCAUAUCAUCCCGCCACAAACGGACAGGCGGAACGCUAUGUUCAAACAUUCAAGCAAAAACUCAAGGCCCUCCAGUGUCCGAAAUCCCAGCUGAACGUAGAGUUGUCGAAGAUCCUGUUGACGUACCGCAAAACCAUACAUCCAGUGACCGGUCAGUCGCCAUCCAUGAUGAUGUUUGGCCGCCAAAUACGUUCGCGACUGGACUUGAUGCUGCCGAGAAGCACCGAAGAAACGCCUUCAACAUCGACGCCACGGGAAUUAGAAGCAGGUGACCGAGUUCGCGUACGUGAUUUUCUCACCAGCAAUAAAUGGCAAUUCGGCAGCGUGACUUCGAAGCUUGGUACCCUACGCUACGCGGUGAAGCUCGACGAUGGAAGAAUCUGGGAGAGGCACAUCGAUCACAUCGUGAAGGUCGGUGCAGCUCUAAGAUCACCAACAAGCAACGAAACAUCAGCGAGUGAACCUCAUCGUGUUGAACGCUAUUCAUCGACAGCAAUGACGACUGCGGAGCCAUCUGCCAUUGCUCCACCUUCUCCGGCACAGGAGACGGCUGGUGCUGAACCGGUGUUUCUUGAUCGAACUGGUUCGGUGAGCGAUGGACCUCCACGACCAACAGAUCAGCCGAUGCAACCGGAGAUGUCGCAAGGUGCCGCACAUGGUGCCGAAUCAUCGAGAGCAGAAAACGUACCGCCUCUACGGCGUUCUACAAGAAUAAUAAAACCUCCCCAAAGACUUAAUCUCUAAUUUUUUGAAUUGUAUCCUUGUUUGCAUUUUUGACAAAGGGGAGAGAUGUUAUACAUUGAUUGCCAUACCUACUAUUAUACAACAUUGAUACUUUGUAAAACACCCUACCUUACACACUACAAUACAUUGUACCCAACUGUCAGAAGUAAAUAAACGAGCGGAGAGUAAAAAACGUGUUUCACCUCGUCCGAAAACUAAAGUCCGCGUUUCGCGAUUUGCUUCGUCUUCGUCGUCUCAGCGCUAGUGUUCCGCCCUGCUGUCGCCCCGUUACAACACCAGGAUUACUCCAGUAUCCAGACCCAGUAUUACUCUGCCUUACCACUCACAUCAACCAACGGCAGCAGCAACAAAAUUUUAUCUCCGAUUUUCGCCGGCAGGAUGUCCUCUGAAUUGUCGGCAAACCACCAACCCAGAACGUGACGUGACAUCCCGAAAAGCAGCUCGACAAAGGAGGAGCAUAAUCUGGCUGCCCGCCUGAAUGACAUCUCCGGCCCAACGUCGAUUUAUGUAAGGGGAAUCAAGUUGUUGAGAAUCAAGACUCUCCGCCAACAUCAACCCACGCACGGUCCGGGAGGACGUGUGAGCAAUCUUGUAUACGUCUAUCAUCCGUGCAUUGUGGCCAAGGUGAUAACGGAACCGUUCGAAAAUGGAUUUCCACCGUGCACACCGAGCAAGCCUGUGUCGGAUGAAGCGAGAAAGUCGGAUUGGAAGGGGCAAGGUUCGGUAUUCCGGGACCCCCGCAAUUGAUUGCCAAGGUCGCAGCCAAGAGCAUCAGCCGUAGAGCGUUUUCGUUUUCAGCAAAACCUCGGCCAAUGAUGCCGAUCAACCACCCGACAAAAGCCUCACAGAAGUUAUGACGGAAAUUGAAAGGCAGCAGCAGAAUAAUCAACCAUCCGUGGACGACCAGAUGGUUCAGCCGCUGGAACGGCUCUCGCUUAUGAUUGGGACAAGGAAGCCGUUGUAUACAGUUCUAGAGAAGAAAACGACCGCCUGGCGAGAGGAGUAUAUUUCGGUGUAGCAGGAUUCCUGCGGUAAGCUCAAGUAGGUUACCGAUGGCAUAGAUUACCGCGUUAAUAUACAUGGUAAGAGGGGACAAUUUAUAAAAAAGCGGCGUAAAACAUAAUAAUUUUCGAAAAAUAUUGCAUGCAUUUUCAGCGCUAUCAUACAAAGGCGCCAACUUAUGAUGUUUAGUUGGAGGAUAGGAGGGGGUGGGGCUGGUAUGGAGGCGGAGGUUUUUCCAAAGCAGAUUUUCGUAAUUAUAGACCACUUCACGGCGAAAUUCUAUCUCUUUUGCUCCUUCAGAGAGUUUAAAAACAACAGGACCAGUACCUGUCAAAUUUGACAGGUGUUAGUCCUGUUGUUUUCUAAUUUCCCGUAGGAGAAAAAGAGAGCGAUUUCUUGAUGACGUCACCGUGCAAUAGGGCACUGCAUGAAAUUCUCUCCUUCUCUUUCACUCUUACAGGAAUUUUGUAAACAACAAGGCCAAGAAACGUCAAAAUCCCAUACACAAUCAAAACAGUGCAGUGCCCUAUGGGCAAUUGGGUUGUUUAGGUGUACAUAUUAUCAUCGCAACACCAAAUCGAAGUCGGCGAAGUAAUUUGAAUCAAUUAUUAUUGCGCAUCAUAAAACUUAUUAAUAGCUACAACAUGCACUAAUCCGAAUCGAUUUGCGACUCAUAAAAGAAGGUACUUUUACUGAAAUUGGUAAUCUCUUGCAUUUGGACUAAGAUUUGGACACUAUAGUCUGAAAGGUCUUCUAAUAUAGGGUCGCUCUUUAAACCUGUAACACAUAACAUUCGUUGAAUGAACUAUUUAAUUCAAAGUAGCCGUAUGCUAUAUGUUUCAGGCUUUAGUCUAAGUUAGUGUAGUUUUUGAUUGUAGAAAAAUAAUGGUUAAGCACGCUGUAAUGUUACUUUUGUACCUCAUCACCCACUAAGUGCA